UGCAAUGGCAGUCUUUCUACGAGAUCGAGCCCAGUCGACCUCGCGUCGUGUGCUCAAGAGCCUCACGAGCCGGUUUGUCAAGUGCCUCUGCUCCGUCGUCCUCUUGCUCCUCCUCGUCGCCGGCGUUAUCCUCUUCGUUCUCUGGCUCAGCCUCCGCCCGCACCGCCCCCGGUUUCACCUCGCGGCCUUCUCGGCGCCCGGCGUGGCCGAACCGGCUGGUCUGGCAGACUUAGCUUUCUCUUUUAACGUCACGGACCGGAACCCGAACCAGAAGAUCGGGAUUUACUACGGCGCGAUGUCCGGUUCGGUCUACUACCAGGACCGGCAGGUGGCGUCAGGGCCGGUGAUGCUCCCGUUCUAUCAGCCACCUAAGAACACGACGGUGAUCGCCGGCAAGAUUGUCGGCACGACGAUCCCGUCUGGCAGCGCGAUGGCAGCUCAAUUGGUGGGAGAAGCGGCGGCCGGACGGGUGGAGCUCCGGCUGGAGUUGAGCUCUAUCGUACGGUUCAAGGUGAGGGUGUGGGACACGCGACACCAUAAUUUGCACGUGCAGUGCAAUCUGGUGGUGGGAUCGGACGGCGAGAUUUUGCCUGAGUCGAAGGGCAUUAGAUGCUCUAUUUAUUUCUGAUUUAGAUUGAAAUUGGUAGCAUGGAUUUAUUUUCUUUCACUAAUUAGUGUUCUAAUUAAAUUAUAAUGUAGAAGAGAAAUAUUGAAUUGUUAUAAAUGAU